AUGUCGCUCUCCAAAUCGUCAAAAGAACCAACUCCCCCGCCGACGCCCCCCAACGAGCCUCAGGCGACCGACAUCCCGCUUCCCGAGUCGCCCAUGGUUCUUCCGCCUGCUGAGUCUCCGUUCUGGACUGUUGUAGCUCAGGAGGCUCGUGACCUUGCUCGUACACUUCGUGCCAUCAACAACGACGACGAUAAGAUCCGGGAGAAUCCCGACUCCGUCAGCGAGAUGGACGCCGACAACACAAGCAUCCCCAAGCGUGAUUCAGCCACCGAAAAGCGCAGCGUGACUCCCUUGUCCGAAGCCAGUGAAGAGGAUCAAACUGUCGAGCUCGGCGACGGCACGAUUCAAGGCAACCUUGAUUCCGUGAGCGACACAGGCCAUACCAACAGCCUCAAGCGCAACCCCACGUCCACAAGUGAAGAGCGCAGCAUCACCCCUCUACCCGACCAAACUAUGGACGAACAAGGCGAACCAUCAGAGCUGCCCGAACCUCUGCGACAACUUCCGAAGAUCCCGGAAAUGCUAGCAAAACUGAGCCAAAGAAUCACUGACUUCGAAGCCGCUGAAGAAGCCGAGAAUAAUGGCACUUGCUCUACACUUCUGGAGAGACAACAAAAGCUUCAUGACGCUACUUCUUCUCUUCUUCUGGAUGCACUGGCUGUUGCUCCUGUUGUCAUGGCUGAAGGACACUCGGACUCAUCGAUCGAUCCAUCCCUGAUCCCGCUCCCGUCUGAUGAUGAGGAUGAAGACGAUCUUGAGUCGGAGGAGUCGGACGACUAUACCCCGAGUCUGUCGCUGCUAUCCUUUACGAGAGGAAUUGGAGGUGGGGUUGGCGCCGGCCAACACCAGGAUGACGUCCACGAAGAUGAUGCGCUUCUGGGUCUGGGCCCGACUGACAUUCCUUUCCCGCCGUCGCUGACUGUGUCGGAAUACGAUUCGGAACUUGAAGAGCAGGAAACCCCCAGCCUGGUCCCUCAGUUCAUCGCCGACAAUCUCAAGGCCCAGGGCAAAGACCACCACCUCCCUGACACAAUCCCCACGUGUACUGCCUACGACGACAUCGACUGGACCGACCUCCUUCCCGCUCCCGUUCCUCAAGACAGCUCAUCGACCAAGGCGGUACCAUCUUCAAACUCAGACACCAAAUCCUCGCUUGCCGUCCAAGUCGACCCGGCUGACGUCCCGCUGCCCGAGGACGAUCCCUUUGACGUCCCGUUGAGUGUGAAUGAAGAUGAUGGCUCUGGACUUCCGGAUUACUCGAACUUUGAAGCGCUUGGCGACCAUGGAUAUGAUAAUCAUGGAGACCAGGAAAAUGAAAGUGACAGUUCGCAGUUGUUCGUUGAGAAUAGAAGCCCGCUGUUUGAUCGGAGGCAGCUUGUAAUCUCUACUUCGUCUGAAGAUGAGAGGGAGGCAAAUCUGGAGGAGUCACAGCCGAAGGGUGACGCCGAGGCCGAUGCUGAUGACAUUCAGCCUGAAUCCUUGUUAGAAGAGACUGUGGUCGCAGAAGAGAAGAGGCCAAGCAAGGAGGAGAAAGGCAAGGGAAAAGCUUUACCCCCGACACACAACUUGUCCCAACAGCUUGUCAACACCAGCAACGAGGUUCAAAAGCAGCAUGAGCAGCAGCCGGAGCAGAUGCUGUCCCCGCGUUCGCCAGUGUCGCCGUAUUCUUCGGUCGAGCAUCCUGUCGCUUUGGCGCCGCCUAUCGCACCGGUGGCGCCAAUGGUAUCAGUUGCACCUUUUUCGCGGGAUCAGCAUAUGAGAGCUGAUCAGCUCUCACCAAGCCAGUCAGUGGUAAUCCCCGAACAACAACCCGAACCCGCCCCUUUCCCUCGAGGUACCCAAGGCCAGCCGACCACCCCGCCGACUGCACAUGUCCCUGUCUACGUCGGCAAAGCGACAGAACCCAGAGUGGAUCGUUACUCCCCACUGCCCGCCCCUUCAUCCCCUUUACUCUCCCGCUCAUCCCCAUACAGAGCAUACAAAUCCUCGCAGCCGCGCCCGCGCGAGUCACUGCUGCACUCGGUUCCUUAUACCCCAGCUGUAGUGCCUUGGGAUGAACAGAAGGAUCUUCGUGGGCUUCCUCCGCUUCCCGAUCCUGAGCGUCUACCGACGUACACGCGGAUCUCGAAAACGACUGAUAACUCGAGAGUUAUGCCAAUGUGGUUUGAGGGGUUUAAUGCUCAAGAAUGGCUCCUCAUCGAGCCCUCCGCCAACAUCAUGUACCACCGCAUCCGGAACCAGUGGCACCCCUCCCUCCCACAAUGGCCGCCAUGCAUCAUCGGUCCCACUCCCUUGAUCAUGGAACUCUCUCAAAUCGGCAAAGACGGUCUAGCCGGCGAAAUCAACAUCCUCCUCCACUGCGAGCGGUACUCCCCUCCGGGCUUCCUGCCCUGUCCACAACUCCGAUCCUUCACCAACUUCAUCCGCGACUGCUUGGCCUUGCAAAAUAUCCGCGGCAUCACGGUCCCCGACUUCCAGACUGUGCAUGAGUGCAAGACCUGGCUUGAAACAGUCACCAAGAACGGCAGGAUGCUAUCCUUUAUGGCUCUGCACUGCCACGUCGAGCGCCUGCGGUCUGGUGUCUUGCCCGGUACGCACGAGUUUCUGGAUGCGAUCCGGGACAUGGGAUGCCAACUGGGCUGGAACGAAAACGUAUAUUUCUCCAAGACUUUGGUGUUGCAGGAGUUUCGACAUGUGCCAAAGUACGACUCGACGUCGACGCCGUUUAGUCUGAGGGGGAAUCAACAAACUCAGAAUCUGGGCCAAUACUUCGGCUACGGCCAAGGCAAGGCCACGGAUUAUUGCAUUGCGCUGAGGGAUGACCACCCUCACCUCAAUAUCAGAGUGACGCUUGCGGCGUUGAAUACCCUUAACUUUGAGUGGCUGAAGUGGGUAGGCCCGCCGGACGCCUGGGUCAAGACUUGGGAUCCUUGCGAUGAGGUGGUUGGGCCGCAAAGCAGGACGCGUCUUGCCCAAAUAAGACUGAGGAGAAAGGAUUUGUACGAUGAGUUCACGGCCCUAAACGGACGGGUCGACGGGUGGUUUGAGGAUCACCCUGAGCCGCCGAGGACUGCGCUUAUUGCGGGAGGUAUGGCAUCAAGACUUUGCGCUUGUCGUCAGUGCCAUUAUGCAAUCUGUCAUCAGCAGCACCAUGAUGAUGAGAGUGUGUGUGAGUGUGAUGAUGAGACACCCAGUUCAUCGGGUAAUUCUUCUCCAGGGAGGACUAGGCCGGGUGGUGAUGGGCUGCAACCGUUUCCCAAAUCGAGACCGCUUCCGGAUCCGCCCAGGCCAGGGUUCAGUAGCCUGGCAUAUGCGGAUGGAGAGAGUCUGUUGACAAAAGAGGAACUGACAAGUGUGCGUCGGGCCGAAGAAAUGAUGGACCGGAUGGACAGGAAAUUCGACAAAAACCUCUCGCAUUUGAACCCUCCCAAACGGCGAAAGACCGAGGCCGCUGCCGAAAGGGCUGAGGCAAUAGAUGCCGAGGCGGAGGAAGCGAAUAAGAAGACCGCAGAGCCUGACACGAGGACCGAGGCGCAGAAGGAAAGGCAGCGCCGAAGGAACAAAAAGAAGAAGGAACAAGAAAAGGAGGCCAAGAAAAAGAAGGCCGCCAGGACCGAAGUGGUUGCCGAAUCGAAGGCUCAGAUUCUUGAAUCCCUCAAGACCGGCGGGUUUGAUCGAGAGGCAAUUAAGAAUGUGGUCAAUGAGACUAUGGCAAAGAUUGGGCCGAAGCCAGGUGCUCCCGAGGACAAGUCCAGAGGUCAGGCCCUUGCGAAUAAAGGCAAUCUGAGCACAGAGGAGGUGGCUCACUAUCGUAAUUAUACAAAGUCUCUUUAUGCCGACCAUCUCAAGCGCAAGGAGGCAGGUGAGAGUACCAAGCUUUUUGGCAAGUUUGAGGUCCCGGCCGAUAUUUCCGAAGAGGGUUUCUUCGAUUUCUUCCUCAAUAAUCUCGGCAUUGUUGAAACCGACGACAGGGGUGCUUUUGCGAUUAUAGAAGAGGGCACUGGAGGUCAAGACUUGCUUGACAGCAAGUGUGGCGGAUGCAUCCCCGAAGACGCACACCAAGAUGCUGUUGACAAUGAGCUCGGACAAGCUAGCAUCAAACCCUCGCCAGUCACCGAGCAGGAAGUGCCUGCAGAAACAGUCAAGCAUCAGCCAAAGAACGUUCACUUAACAGCAGGCCCUUCCACACACGAUGUUCCGGAUCACGAUACCGACGGCAUUGUUCAACCAAAGCAACUCGACAACAUCGCCUCAGCAGAUAUCACACAACCUUCUCCAGAGCAGCCCGCCAGUCCUGAAGCUACUCCCAAAGCCGCCCCUAACGAUACAACCGACGCCACUCCCACUAUCGCCCCUACUGAUACUUCCACCCCUUCCCACGACUUACCUAACCAUGACACUGACUGCACCCCCCACCCGCCUCCCCUCGACAGAUCUAAAGAAGCCUCCAAAGCCAAGAAGGAGCGCCGCAAGCUCCGCAAGCGUCUCGACCGCGAAAAGGAAGAAGCCCGCCUUCGCGAACAAGCAGCGGCGCGCGAAGAGCUCCGUCGCCAAGCCGAAGCCCGCCACCAAGCCGAACUCGACCAGAAAGUAGCUGAAGCCCAAAGGAAGCUCGAUGAAGAGAAGGCUCGGCGUUUAGAGCAGCAUCAGAAAGAGGAGAUUGCUCGGUUGCAACGGGUCAAGGAAGAGGAGGCUCAUUUGCAGAAGGUCAAGGAGGAAGAGGCGAAUAGGAAGGAAGAAGAUAUGAGAAAGAGGGAGGAGGAGGAGCGGUUGGCUGAAGAGGAGAAGAAGAGGCAGGAGGAAGAGAGGAGGAAAGAUGAGGAGAGGCAGAAAGAGGAGGAACGGAUUGCUGAGGAAAAGAGAAGGCAGUUUGAGGAGGAGGCUAGGCUGCAAGCGGAGAAGGAGUGGUAUGCCAAGGAGGAGCAGAGGAAGCUCAAGGAGGCCAACCAGAAAGAGGAAGCCAGACGGAUCGCCUUGGAAGCCAAGCAGAAGGCGGAACUUGAAGCCAGGCAAAAGGCUAAGCUAGAAGCUAUACGGUUGGCUGAGAUGGAGGCCAAACGUAAAGCUGAAGAAGAGCGAGAAGCUGAGCAGAAGCGGAAGGCCGCCGAGGCCAAGCGCAAGGCCGACGAGGCAAAGAAGGCCGCCGAGGAGGUCAAGAAAAAGGCCGAGGAAGUUCGUCGUCAGGCGGAAGAGGAAGUCAGGCUUAAGCAAGAGGAGGAAGCCAAGCGCAAAGCCGAGGAAAAGAAACGCCAAGCUGAAGUGAAACGACUGGCUGAGGAAAAGCGGAAGGCCGAAGCCGCUCGCCAGGCCGAAGAACAGCAGAAGGCGGAGCUCAAGCGACAAGCCGAAGUGAAACGCCUUGCCGAAAAGAAACGGAAAGCGGAUGAAGCCGCUCGACAAGCUGAGGCCGAACUGCACGCCGAACUGCAACGCCAAGCAGAUGAAGCCGAACGUAGAGCCCAAGAAGCUGCACAAAAAGCUAGAGCCGCUCUCCAGGCCGAACUUCAACAGGAAGCUAGGCAGCGCAAAGCCGCGGAAGCUAAGAAACGCGCGGCCGAGGCAAAGAAGAAGGCCGUUGAGGAAGUUGAGCGUCGUCGUCAGGCUGAUCUGGAAGCUGCUGCUCGUCGAGCCAAGGAGGAGGAGCAGCGUCGGCUCAGAGAGGAGGCUGAGCGGUUGAAGAGAGAAGCUCAAGCCGUCCGCAAAGCGGAAGAGGAGGCCAUUCGUAGGGCGAUGGAGGAGGCGAGGGUUAGACGGGAGGAGGAGGCUAGGAUUCGGCGUGAAAAGGAAGAGGCUGCGCGCUUGAAGGAGGAAGCUGGACAGGAGAAGAAGGAAGCUGAGCAGCUGAAGAAAGAAGUAGAGGAAGCUAGGGAGAGGGCCGAGAGGGAAGAGGCAAUGAAGAAAGCUGCCAAUGAGGUCAAACGCCGGAAGAAAGCUCAACGCAAGGCGGAGGCAGAGGCCAAGCGGAAGGCCGAAGCUGAAGCUGCUCAGGUCAAAGCUGAAGGAGAGGCAAAACUUCGACAGAUGUUGGGGAUUCAGCAGGUUGACAACUCCCUGACUCUUGCUGAGCAAGAGGCCACUCCCUUUCACGAACAGCAGAUCUUUCUCCAAGAAGCCUGGCACCAGAUCGACGAAUCCCUCAUUCUCUCCCAACAGGCUCAUAACUCCCUUCUUCGUGCGCAGCACCACAACUCUGAGGCCUUUCGUCAACUCGGAGAAGCCGAUCUUCUUCUCUCACUCUCGCAGGACGUCUUGCAGAUCUGUCAAAAUACCCAAGAUAGUCCAAAUCUGAUCUUGGCCCGGCUUCGCUUCGACGAAGCCAUCCUUCAAGCCCAAGAAGGCUACCGUCUCCUUCAAGAAGCAUGGGACUACCACGAUUCUUCAACUCGCACCGCCGAGCAAGGCCAUCGUUUGCUAGUGGAAGUCAGCCACGAUGGAGAAUACGAACGGUCAGCCGCGCAGUACUCUUUAGUGGAGGCACGCCAUCAAAAUGACGAGGCAUUUCGGAGGGCGGAGGAAGGUCGAAGCGUACUCGAGAAGGUGUUUGCGGAGAUGGGGAUUCCUCUUCACCAUGAUAAGAAGGAGGGCCAGCCACAUGCCGAUUGUGGCACCCAUAUUCCCGAGCAAGAACCUGACACCAUCCCCAUCACCGCCCCUCCCGCCACUCACCACCAGCUGUCUGACCCGGAAGCAGACGCUGAUACCGAGACUGUGUCCUCCAGCUUCGAGAGCAUGUCUACCACCACAAGCGGUGACCAGUCGGAAGCUCCAACCGACAACCGUCCCUACGAAGAGCGCCUAGCGGCCUUCAUCAAUAAUCAACUCCUCACCUAUGGCGUUUGGGACCCGAAGUCAUUUUAUGUUCGGUAUGACCCGCGCAACCCAAAUGGUCCGCGGGCGCAUGAGAUGCCAGUGAUGAGUGAGAGAGAGCGCCUUGGGGAUGCUGCUGGCAGCGGCGCAAUGCGUGCGAAGGAGGCGUGGUGGUGA